AUGGACUUCAAACACUCUUGGAAAAUAUGGCUUCUCUUUGCUGUCUUUAUUCUUAGAUAUGUAGCUGCUCACCCAUUUGGAGAAUCAUUAGCAGUCAAAAAGGAUGCAAGACCAUGGAUAAAAACUGCAAACAAUGCAUGUGGAGCGCCCGACGGAACCAAAUGCCAGUUCUCCAGCUGUGGUCAAGGGAUUCUCCUGACUGACUGUUCCAUUGGAUUUGCAAGAGGUGUAACAGGUGGGCGAGAAGGACUCUCCUACACAGUGACCCGAUCUGAAGACAAUCCUAGCAAUCCUGCACCAGGCACAUUACGUUAUGGUGUUAGUCUCUCCUCUUCAAACCCAAAAGGAGUAUGGAUCACUUUCUCAGAGGAUAUGACUAUUCACUUAAAAGAAAUGCUGCAUGUCUUCAGCCACACAACUAUAGAUGGCAGAGGAGCGAGAGUUAUCAUCACUGGUUCUGCAAUUGGUUUGAACAAAGUGGAGAAUGUUAUUAUUCAUAACAUUCAGGUAAGCGACACCAACUUAGAUACAGUUCAUAUAUAUGGUUCCAAGAAGGUCUGGGUGGACCACCUCACUUCUUUCCGUGGCAAGUUGGGUUUAGUGUCUGCUGUUCUUGGUUCCACUGAUGUCACCAUCUCAAAUUGCCGUCUGUAUGAAACAAACUUCAAUAUGCUAUUGGGGGCAAGAGAUUCAGACGAAAUUGAUCAACAAAUGAGAGUCACAGUGUAUAGAAACUGGUUUAAAGAUUCAAACCAACGCAAUCCUCAUUGCAGAUGGGGAUACUGUCAUGUGGUGAACAAUUUGUAUGGAAAUUGGGGAAUCUAUGCAAUUGGGGCACGAGCGCAUGCAAGAAUUUAUUCAGAGAGGAAUGUGUUUGUACCAGGGAAAAACCAUGAAGUAACUGAAUGGUAUCCAGGCUAUGAAUCAAAAUGGGACACCACGCCAAAAAUCGCAUCCAAUGGUGACCAACUUGUAAAUGGUGCUACAUUUCACCAAUUCCUUUACACUGGGCAAGUAGAUGCUCCUCCUUAUAAGACCGGGCAAUAUCCUCCUGUCACUGACACAGAAGGAGUUCCUCGUCUUGUUGGUGAUUGCUCUGGAGUGCUACUUGAGGGCGAUAUUGAUACAUGCCUUAAAAAUGGAUAA